GGGACGAAAUGCGUUCAACAGCUUUCGAGCAGCACUCUGAUCGACAGCAGCUUAAUAAUGAGCGGAAGAGGCAAAGGAGGAAAGGGACUCGGUAAAGGAGGCGCCAAGCGUCACCGCAAAGUGCUUCGCGAUAAUAUCCAGGGAAUCACCAAACCCGCCAUCCGUCGUUUGGCUCGCCGUGGCGGUGUGAAGCGUAUAUCCGGUCUGAUUUACGAGGAGACCCGCGGUGUGCUGAAGGUGUUCCUGGAGAACGUGAUCCGAGAUGCAGUCACGUACACCGAGCAUGCUAAGAGGAAGACGGUCACCGCCAUGGACGUGGUGUACGCGCUGAAGAGGCAGGGCCGCACCCUGUAUGGCUUCGGCGGCUAAAUCUAACUCUGAUCUUCUGAUAAUCAACUCAAAGGCUCUUUUAAGAGCCACCCACCUCAA